ACAAGGAAUUUCCUGGUGAGCUACGACAACGCUGGAAGAUGAAUGUGGGCGUAGCUCACAGCGAGGUGAACCCCAACACACGGGUGAUGAACAGCAGAGGGAUAUGGCUCACCUACCUGCUCCUGACAGUUGUCUUGCAUGUCGUCCUUCUCAGCAUACCUUUCUUCACUGUGCCACUUGUCUGGACCCUUACCAAUGUCAUCCACAACCUGGUGAUGUACCUGUUUCUACACACAGUGAAGGGAACUCCCUUUGAGACACCAGACCAAGGGAAAGCUCGUCUUCUUACGCACUGGGAACAGAUGGACUACGGUGUCCAGUUCACAUCUUCGCGCAAAUUCCUCACCAUCUCACCAAUCGUUCUGUAUAUUCUUGCCAGUUUCUACACAAAAUAUGAUCCCACACAUUUCCUGAUCAACACAAGCUCCCUCCUUAGUGUCCUCCUCCCAAAGUUGCCUCAAUUUCAUGGAGUGCGGAUAUUUGGGAUCAAUAAAUACUGAGAACUGACUGAACACUGGAUUUUAAGGACCAACACUGGACUACUUUUUUUUGUUUGUUUCUGUUGAACUAUUUUAUGUUUAGAGUUUGAGGAGGAGAGAUCCAGUUCAAUUUGUCUUAACUGUACAGACUGUGUGGAGUAAUAUAUUGAAGUUGCAGUUUUUGCUGCCUCUUGCAGCUUGAAAGAAAAGUAAAUGCACCACUGCUGAAAGUAAAUUUCUUCCUUACUGACAUUUCUGAUGUAUGUUCGUCAAAAGCCAGACACUUUGAUUGUCUUUAAGAGCAAAAUUUGAACUGCACUGCUUUCGAUUGAUUGUGAUGUAUAUUUGUUACUCUGUCUCAGCUUUUCUGUUACAGUACAACUGUCAGUGUCUAGUUAUCAGGUUCUUAAUGAUAGUUUCAAAUUUCCUUUUUUUCAUGCUUUUUUUUCUUGAUUUACUAUGAAGGAAUUACAUGCAGCAUGCAUAUACUUGCCUACACUAAACCCUGCAGUCUUUGUUUUGCUAUGAUACACAUAAUUAUAUAAUUUACUGUUUGAUUUCAAAUCUGGAUGUCUUUUCCUGUUUAUAAAAUUAGCAGUGACAGCUACAUGAUGUGCACACAUGGUUGUCUUAUCUUUGUUUCACACGCUCGAGUAGGAAGACUGCCAAAAUCCUUUUUCGUGGAGUUUUAAAGAAUCAAUUGAUCAGUUGUGGUCUAGUUUGUAAGCAAUGGGGAACUCCAGACACUUUACAUGAAGCCACAAUGUGUGUGUGGGGGUGUCACAGUGCAAUAUGUUCAUAUAUCCAAGGGAUUCCCCCCUUCCUCAAGCAAUGUGGUCAUGUUUGCAUUGCAGUGAGGUUUCCAUAUUAGUGACGUGUGUUUUGGGAAAGUAGCACACAGGAAAUGCAGUGGCAUGUGAAUGUGAUUACACUGUUGUAUAUGCCUACCUGAGCCUGGGAAACGCAUGCAAAUAAUGCUAGUUUAAUCAGCUGUUUCAAACGUGUUGUGUAAUCGAGUACAAAACCAUUGCAACAUUUAAUGUUAAGAGGCCAGAGGUGGGAUGCAGAGGGCAGUUGGGCUGGACGUCGCAAUGUUUUUUUUUUCUCCAACAUAUACUGAGAGCUGCCUGAUUUAAGAUAACGCUAUCUCACUUGAACAACAAGUUAGGUCAACCACUGCAGUUUUCCCCAGUUCUACUUCCACUUUUAAUUGAAAUGAAGUCAGUGAAUCUUGAUGAGAGGUACUAGAUAUAGCCAGUAUAUUUUAAACUGAGGGCAUGCAGUGCACAGGACAAGGGACUCAGAGUAUGACACAUGCAAUUCAAAUGUACGCUUAUCAUCACCUUGUUUGAGAUUUUAACUUUUGAGACACAGAUUUUCAGAUACCACAGGACAUGUCAGAGGGAAUGUGCAGAUAUGAGAAAGGUCAGAAAUUUCUACAUUGAAGUCACAUUUAAACAAGAGAUUUUAAAUGUAAUAGAGGCCCAAAGGAUGAAAGAAAAAAGAGUUUCAAAAAAAGAGUUUUCAAAGUAAAAUGCCUUCCCACUUGCGAUUCCAGGAAACUGAGGAAAAACAAAAGAUGUCAUUCAUAAUGCUUACUUUGAUUGAUUCAUGUUACAAACCUGAAGAUUCAAACCAUUUACUGUGAUAGUAAUCAAACGCAACUUCUGGAAUUGCUGUGCUUGAUGCAAUUCAGCCCUCUGCUGUUUGUAAAGUGGAAAUUCCACCUCAUGAUCAUUGUCCUCCCCCUACUGGUUAUGUAUUUAAUAACAAUGUCUUUUAUGUACUCCACCAAUGAAACAAUUAGGAAGUAAUGAAGCCUAAAUGCAAGGAUUUGUUUCAAAUAUAUGUUAUUUACUCAUAAGUCCAUUGUCCAAUUUUUUGGACAGUUUGGAAAAAGCAAAUGAUUUGAAGAUGCCAUCUCUGACUGUGGGCAACUCUUGUAUUUCGUUUUUUUUUUUUUUUGCAUCUUAUAGAGUAAAUGAUUAAUAGAAAAUUGAA